AACGAUUUGACUAUGAGAAUUGUAAAGGAUCGUUUAUAACUGAAACAAAAAACAUGGACUACAACUUAAUGCGUUUGGCAAUUUAUACAUUCUUAGUAUUAAAAGUGAAUGCUGACACGAGUAAUCUUGAAUGGGAUGGAUUGGGUUGUCCAAAAGGGGCUACUGGGCAGUUCCCAUAUGCCAUGGAUUGUAAGAGGUUUUACAAUUGUUGGAAAGGAAGAAGUGUGUUAAGUGUGUGUGCUCCAGGAACGUUAUUCAAUCCUGAGACGCUCGAGUGUGAUUUUCCGGCAAAAGUGAAAUGUUAUACAAAUCCUAAUAUUGGCAAAACAGGGCAAACAAAUAAUUAUGAAGCAUUUCGUGAUCCUGUUAACCCAUAUAGUCACCAUUACCAUAAGGACUCUGUAAUGGGAAAACGACCACAGCAUGUUACACCUGUGUUCCAACAAGAAAUCCACCACCAACAUAAACGAGUGCCAGUUACGCACCAGUUUGACCAGCAAGUUCAGAAUCAGGAUCAAGUUUCAGAUGUUCCUGUUCAAAAUCAACACCAACUAAAUUUUCACAGAGACACACAAAAUAAACAAUGGAUUCAGCAAGAAAUAAAUUUUCAGCAUUCCAAAAGCUACCAUGAAAAAACUGGAGUACCUUCAUUUUCUACUGUUGCAAGAGAAGAAUCUCCAAGCCAUAAACCCAUACACAACUUUCAUCAUCACCACACAAGUCAGCAACAUAACUUUGAAAAUGGUGAAGAUUUUAUUAGGCCUUUGGCCAGAGAACUUCAACCACCCCAAAAAUAUAACGUACCAACUGAAACAGUCAGCUGGCCUUCACAUUCUACACAUGAAGGGGGCGAUACAACAUUACAGACCUCAUUUAACACAAACCAACAACCAAUACACCAUUCACAUGGUGGAGUCCAGCCACCAAUGUACCAUUCUCACGUUGGUGUCCACCAUUCACAUGGUAGAGUCCAUUCACCAGCAUAUCAUUCACACGAUAGAGUCCAUUCACCAGCGUACCAUUCACACGACAGAGCCCAUUCACCAGCAUACCAUUCGCAUGAUGGAGUCCAUUCACCAGCACCAGCAUACCAUUCGCAUGAUGGAGUCCAUUCACCAGCACACCAUUUGCAUGAUGGAGUCCAUUCACCAGCAUACCAUUCGCAUGAUGGAGUCCAUUCACCAGCAUACCAUUCGCAUGAUGGAGUCCAUUCACCAGCAUACCAUUCACACGGGAGAGUCCAUUCACCAGCAUACCAUUCCCAAGAUAGAGCCCAUUCACCACCAUACUAUCCGCAAACCAGUACGCAACCUGUAGAAUCCAAUUCAAAAACUGAAACACAACCUCCAGUGCACAAUUCAUAUGGUGGAGUUCAUCAACCAACAUACCAUUCACAAUCAGGUGCCAAACCCCCAGUAUAUAAUUCACAUGGUGGAGUUCAUCAGCCAACAUACCAUUCACAAUCUGGUGCCAAACCCCCAGUAUACAAUUCACAUGGUGGAGUCCAACCACCAACAUACCAGUCAUCAGUACAUCCUAAUAGUGGAGGUCUGCCAUUGUCAGAAAUCUUUCCAAAUUUAGAUAGUCCUGGAAGUUAUAAGGGAGCAAAAAUCCCUUUGGCCAAUCACUCAGAUUCCCCUUUGGUUUUGGAAGUUAACAACAAUAAUUAUGGAGUAAUUGAAAGAGAACAAGAUACAAUACCCCAGGUACAACAAUCCUUUGUGCCACCAUUUCCCAAUAUAAAUACUUCAUUGAUAAAUCCUGAACCAGAUUUACCAGAUACUUAUGGAGAUAGUACUUUCACUGGCCUGCAUACUGUUUUAAUUCCUAGUGUACAGAUAACCGAAAAUAACGAAAAGAGUUCAGUUAAUAGACAAUUACAAAAUGACACAAAUUAUAGUGAAUCUAUAUCCCACACGAUAAAUGUACCAAACACACCAAUAAUUUCCAUUUCCAAUGAAAAAGAGCUACCUUAUCCAUCGAUGUUUAAUAAAAAUUACAAUAGCCGGAACGAUCACAAAGGUGAAUAUGACAUUUCUUCAACAAAUGUUUCUCCAAGCUAUUUACCACCUAACAAUAGAGGUACAUACAACCCUGCUAAAAACCCACUUCGCUCAUUUACAACCCCACACGAAUUUUACAACCCUUCAGGCCAUGCUGACCAGACUUCAACAAAAUUGAACCCGACUUACGCUCAGUUUCCAGAGCUUGAAAAAUGCCCACCUGAUUUUAGCGGAUUACUACCUCAUUUGCACUGUAAUAAGUUUUUGAGUUGUGCCAAUGGAAGAACAUAUGUUAUGAAUUGCGCUGACGGAACAAGGUUCAAUUCGGAGCUGUCUAUUUGUGACCAUUCAUCUAAAGUAAAAUGCAUUGAGAACCCAGUUGUUCUAUUUAAUAACUCAAUUGAUCAAAUUGAUGAAAGAAAUGACAAAGAAUAUCUUGAACCAGCGGAAUCACACCAUGUAGCGAAUAAUGAAUCUUUUUACACUUCCAGAGAUUUGGAUGUAAGGAUGGGUAAUACUGAAAGAGAAUAUGAAAUGAUAAAUGAGACAACGACAAAUACACCUAUGCACCAACAAGUUCCAGACACCCAUGAAUCAACAGGACUUUUCAAUAUACCCGACUCAAAUGGGUGGAGGAUUGUUGUUAGCGUCAACCAGUCAGUUGAAAGAGUGACCUCUAAGAGUGUGGCCAAAGAAAAAAAAAUUUCCCCUUUGUCUUCUGAGGCUGAGAAACCUCCAUCCGUGGAUUUGCCUACCCGCAUUCCACAAAAAUUAUCGGGAAAACAAAUGAAGUUCAAUAGACAAGUAAUUAGGUUGAGAGGCGGCCCUACUCAAUUCCAAGGAUACGUUGAGAUUAAACUGAACAACACUUGGGGCACUGUAUGUGACCAGAAGAAUGGAUGGACAGAAAUUGAAGCAAAUUUGGUUUGCAAAAAUCUUGGCUAUACAAGAGGUGCAGAAUCAUCAUGGCAAGGGAGACCAGCUUCUGUUACUGAAAAAGUUUCUCCAAUAGUUGCAGUUGAUGCCGUCAAUUGUAUUGGUCAUGAAAAAUCAAUUCUAGAAUGUCUUAUUUCAAAACAACCGUACUGUGAUGUGAAUAAUGAUGCGGUUUGGGUUCGGUGCCAUGACAAUAUAAGGUCACAGUGCCGGCCUGGAGAAAUUUCUAUCGGUGACAGAUGUUACUUUCUGGUUGAACCUUUUGAAGAUACUCCUGUUGAAAUGGCAGGCUUUACUCAAGGAGAAGCCUUAGCACAUUGUCAAAAGCAUGGCGGUCAUCUUCUCAACGUAGCCUCACAAAUUGAGAAUGAUUUUUUGUCUGAAUGGUUGCUCAGACAAUCUCAGCUUGAAUCCGUAAUGACUGCAGGUGUUGGCGUGUUAGUAAUGGGAAUGCCAAUAUGGAUUUGGGAGGGUAGUGAAGAGCCGUUUACUUAUCAUAACUGGUGGCCUGGCUGGAAUGGGACCAAAUCGAUUGCACCAAAACUUGAAACUGGUCGAGCUUCUUGCAUAGUAUUACGGAGGUUUUAUCCAUGUACUAAUGCCGAUACAAAAGAAGGACGGCUUUGCGACGCCCAGUACUAUUUCUGGGAUAUUGAUGAUUGUGGGACAAUGUCAGUAAGAAUGCCAUAUAUCUGCAAAAGGCCUGCUAAUAAAAUUGGAUGUGUACUAGGAACUGGGUCUAAUUAUAGAGGUGGUGCUAAUGUGACAAGUGAGGGCAAUUUAUGUUUGGCUUGGGAUUCCAAGGAAGUAAAAUCUUUUUUGAAGUAUAAAAUUUCUGAUGAAGAUAGAAGAAUGACGUUGUCUGGCCACAAUUAUUGUCGGAACAUAGGAGGGAUUGAUGUAGCACCUUGGUGUUUUGUCAAAUUAGGUGAAGAAAUUCAUAAGGAAUAUUGUGACAUUCCUUUGUGCAGCAAGGACAGGACUGAGAAAUCUGCCAAAUAUUCAGAAUACAAAUGUGGGCCAAAACAGUUUUCUUGUGAGUCUAAGCGACAGUGUAUUCUACAGGAAUGGGUUUGUGACGGGAAGCCUGAUUGUUCAAACGCAAGGGACGAGCUUGACUGUUUAGAUUCUCUAUUAAAAUUUCAACACUAUCCUCACACACAACUCCCAGGUUUUGAUAUUGAGACUCAUAGAAACACUUCCUUAAAAACCUGUUCGGAAAAAUGCCUUGCUUUAGAAAAUUGCAGAUCUUUUUAUCAUCUAGAAAUGACUGGCGAGUGCUUUCUAACAGAAAGUAAUGUUGGCCUUUCGGGAAAUCUAGUUACAAACAAAAUGGGUUGGAGUUAUUAUGAAAGAAAAUCGACCAUGUUGAGAUGCUCAGAACUAUAUUUAUGUGAUAAUGGAAAAUGCUUAAGCCACACGAGUGUUUGUAAUGGAAAGAAUGACUGUGGUGAUAUGUCAGAUGAGAAAAAUUGCACAUGGCUUGAAAAAGGAAUUCAGCUGAGGCUCUAUGGUGGGGCAAAUCCAAAUGAAGGGACAGUUGAGAUCAAAGCAAAUGAUCAUUGGGGUCUCAUAUGUGAUGACCAAUUUGACAUUGAGGAUGCACAUGUGUUAUGUCGUCACUUGGGCUUCCCACAAGGUGCGCUUGAAAUAAAAAAGCAUUCAGCAUUUGGCAAAAGACCAAACAUCACCAAGUACCUUAUCGAUGAGCUCAGUUGUAAAGGUAACGAGUCUAUAAUCACUGAGUGUGAGCAUAACGGGUGGGGUGUGCACGACUGCGGGCCUGAUGAAGCUGCAGGAGUAGUUUGCAAACGUGAAGAAACCGAAUGCUCAUUUAAUUACUGGCUUUGCGAUAGUAAAGCUGAAUGUAUUCCUUUCAGUUUUCUCUGUGACAAUAUUUCUGAUUGCACUGAUGGAAGCGAUGAAAUAACUUCUAGAUGCAAAUCAGAAAUAGAUGUUCGAUUAGUAGGUAUUGGAGGCGAAAGCAGGAGCAAUAAGAUAACUGAAGGUCGAUUAGAGGUCAGGAGAUUUGGAGUCUGGGGAACAGUUUGUGAUGAUGAUUUUGGAAGUAAAGAAGCCGAGGUUGUUUGUAACUCUCUAGGCUAUGCUGGCACAACGAAAGUUUAUAAAGAAGCUGCUUUUGGGGCUGGAACUGGAAUCAUAUGGUUAGACCAAGUCCAUUGUUUAGGAAAUGAGACAAAUGUCGCAGAAUGUAUGCAUGACAAUUGGGGUUUGACAAAUUGUAAACACAAUGAAGAUGUUUCUAUCGCUUGCUCCCCCCAAAAUAUCAAUAUGGAUAUUGACCAGAACCUUCAUUCUAAUGAGAAUGAACAAGAGCCGAGCUUCACUCUUGAGCAGAUUUUACCACAAACUUGUGGUAUUAUCUCAUUGGAUAUAGGACCAGUUAACAAUUACAAACCUAAAGUGGUUUCAGGCUUUGAGACAAUCAAAGGAAGCUAUCCAUGGCAGGCAAGUGUUAGAGUAAGAAGUGUUUUGGGGCAGUCAACACAUUGGUGUGGUGCUGUUAUUAUUUCAAGGUUUCAUGUGUUAACUGCUGGUCACUGCUUACGGGACUACGUUAAAUCUUCAUAUUUCAUUCGAGCUGGUGACUUUGAUAUUGAAGUUACCGAAGAAAGUGAACAAGACGUGGAGCUAGAAGGAUUAUGGAUUCAUCAGGAUUUAGAUAAGGGAAUGACUCUGAACAAUGACAUUGCUAUCGUUAAAAUAAAAAAGCCAGGGUUCAAUCUCAAUAAGUGGGUUUAUCCUGCUUGUCUUCCUUUACAUCCAGUUUCAUAUGAUGCAGGGAAGAAUUGUACAAUCUCGGGUUGGGGUUCAAGCGGAGUUCCUGGGUCGGGUUUCGCAAGAACGUUACAUGCAACCUGGCUGCCGAUAAUUCCGCAAGAUAAAUGCAAAACCAGCUAUGGAAGGAAAACCAUUACCGAUGGCAUGUUCUGUGCUGGUAACCUCAAAGGAGGUGCAGACUCAUGCCAGGGAGAUUCUGGUGGCCCUAUUAUUUGUCAAGAAGAAGAUGGAAUGACUGUUUAUGGCAUUACAAGCUGGGGCCAUGGGUGUGGAAGAGUCGAAAGUCCUGGUGUAUAUACAAAUGUUUCCUAUUACAUGGGAUGGAUCAGAAAUACAAUCGAAAACUCAAUGUAAGAAUUUUACAAGAAAAAUAUUUUACAUUUGUUUGAAAACAAUGUUAAGAAUUUUAUAGAUAUAGUUAAUACCUACUUUAAAAGACAAAUGAUUGGCAAAAUUGAUUUGUUAAGAAUUUUAUGCUUAUGUACUUUAUGAUUGGUAUAUUAUUUAUUGGAGGAUAUGGAAUGUUAGUUAUUAAAAAAUGCCAAUAAAAAUCCUAUAUAUGUAACUUAUCAUUAAUAAAUUUACAUUUGAAAA